AUGACAUCUGUGUGCUUGUCAGCACUUUUGCUUACAACUGCUACACAUGCUGAAAAGAAAGCUUCCGCAGCUGCUUCAGAAAAAGUGCCACUCGAAAAGAAAUUAGAUAAACGUGGUUUGCUCAAUUUAGGUUAUGGAUAUGGAAUUAAUGGAUUAGAUGUAGGAUAUUUAGGAAAGUCAGAUCAUUUCGCUCCAUCUCUUGGGCCAUAUGGCGGAUACGGUGCAUAUGCUCAUGCAGCUCCUGCUUACGGAUAUGGACCAUAUGUUGCUGAUGUUACAAAAACAGUUACAUUAGUAAAGGGUGUUCCUGUGCCUGUUGAAAAGCCUGUUCCUUAUCCAGUAACAGUUGAAAAACAUGUACCUUAUCCUGUAAAAGUUGCGGUCCCCCAACCUUAUGAAGUGAUUAAACACGUUCCUGUAAUCCAUAAAGAAUACGUCAAAGUCCCUGUUCAUGUUCCCGCUCCUUAUCCAGUUGAAAAGAAAGUCCCUUAUCCCGUACAUGUUCCCGUUGAUCGUCCAUAUCCCGUCAAAGUUUUAGUGCCUGAACCUUAUCCAGUUGAAAAGCCUGUUGCUGUUCCCGUCAAAGUACCUGCCCCAUAUCCAGUUGAAGUUAUUAAGCACGUUGGUGUUCCUGUAAAAGUGCCUGUUCCUCAGCCUUAUCCCGUUGAGGUUAUCAAAAACGUUCCCGUACCUGUCAAAGUACCUGUUGACCGUCCAUAUCCUGUGCAUGUUCCUGCUCCUUAUCCCGUUCAUGUUGAAAAACCAUAUCCAGUUGUUGUUGAAAAGCCUGCGCCUUACCCAGUUUCUGUUCCUGUUGAUAGACCUAUCCCCGUGCCUGUCGAGAAACCCGUUGCUGUUCCCGUCAAAGUGCCUGUUCCGCAACCUUAUAUUGUAGAGAAACCUGUUGCAGUUGAAAAACCUGUUGCUGUUCCCGUUGCUGUUGAAAAACACGUUCAUGUUGGUGCCCCGCAUUAUUCAGCUCCCGUUUAUGCUUCUCAUGGAUAUGGGCAUGGCGGACAUUACGCAAGCUUCAGUAGCUUAGGACAUGGAUAUAGUUAUCAUCAUUAA